AUGCAGAAAUCUACCUUCUGCUGUGAUCGUUCAUCAUUCCCGAAGCAAUGAAUUCGCUUAGCCUGAAAGUAUCGUUUAGAACGAAACCCAGGGAUAAAAUAUAUUUGGUAUUGAAUGUUGUCAGACCAAGGACUGACCAUCGGAAUUAUGAAACAUUAAAUGUUAAUAAGGACGGGCUUUAAUAUCCCCGUCUUGAUUUCUGGAAGGACAAGGGAACAGCCGCGUUUGAAGUAGAUGGCCGUCUGGACGGUAGACCUCACCCAACUCCUUUUCACCGUCAGAUAUCCCCACAUUCUCUCUCGUUGAUGUCUGAACAAAGCAUAGAGAUCUCCGAUGAGCCCGAUUUACAACGAAGACUUUUUAAACCUCCCCGUCCCAACCGUUUAAUAAAUGCUACCAAGACCCCCGACUUCUCCAUUAUUCACAGCCAUUUCACAGAGGCUUGGCGAGGAGUGAAAAACAAUGGCGGAACAAGGCCUGAAAUGCGGAGGUACGGAACUACUCUUGUUCAACACAGUUCUAAAUUUUUUCUUAUUUGAUAGAAAUUCCCCAUUUCUUGAAUGCCAGAACCUUCCUUGAUAUGACGACAAUCCCAUGUAGUAAUUCAACAAAUUUGCUCCGGGAGUCCUUAAAUAUGCGAUAACUUUUCAACCUCACGCUGGGAAAACUGCGUAAAUCUCAGACAACAAACUUGAUAAGAAGAAAGGAGUCCUCUUUGCAGGGCUAUAUCGAAAUAGGGAAUCGGACCAAAUCCCAGGCAGUCGGUCCUCUAAUCUAAUGGCUCGUUUGCAAUGAUUUGUCUGACUCGUGUGUUACUGACUCUGUGAAGGGAAGAGUUUAUGGCCAGAGCUUGUGGGAUCCCCGGCGGAUGAUGCUGCGGCGAUAAUCGAGAAGGAGAACACUCUCGUUAAUGUCGUCAUCGUUAAGGUGGGGAUGCCCGUCACCAUGGACUACCGGUGCAGCAGGGUAAGGCUUUGGGUGGACGAGCAAGACAUCGUCGUCGAAGUUCCUCGGAUCGGCUAG